GCAAGAAGGGCGGGAGGCCGCGAGGGGACAUCGGCUGCGCGCACCGCGGCCGGUGCCGCAUCCCUGCCUUUCCCUGGAGUCCCCCAAACCCGCCGAGGACAGGGUCUGUCCCGGCGGGGCGCGCCCCCAGACCUCCAUUUCGCGCAGGGGCGGGCUCGGAACGGGCCCGCUACCGGCGGAAGAUGGUUCCCGGUCGCUCGCCACCGCCCCCGGGCGCGGCGCCACGGGGAUGGGCGCUGGGUGCCGGGGCGGCGCCUGCGCUCGGCCGCGGGGAGCGCGGGGCUGCGGCGCGGAGCGGGCGGCACCAGCGCCAUGACCGCGGCGAUGCGGCAGCGGUUCGACCGCUUCCUACACGAGAAGAACUGCAUGACCGCCGUACUCGAGCGGAUCGAGAGCAAGACCGGCGUCAGCCGCACCUACAUCGCCACCGGCAUCCUCGGGGUCGUGGCCGUGUACCUGGUGGUGGGAUACGGCGCGUCUCUGCUCUGCAACAUCAUCGGCUUCGCCUACCCCGCCUACGUCUCAAUCAAGGCCAUUGAAAGUCCCAACAAAGAUGAUGACACGCAGUGGCUGACUUACUGGGUUGUGUAUGGCAUUUUCAGCAUAGCUGAAUUCUUCUCUGACAUCUUUCUGUCAUGGUUCCCUUUCUACUACAUGCUAAAGUGUGGCUUCCUGCUGUGGUGCAUGGCUCCAAGCCCUUCCAAUGGGGCAGAGUUUCUCUACCACCGGAUUAUCCGUCCCUUCUUCCUGAAGCAUGAGGCCCAGCUGGACAGCGUUGUGCAGGACCUGAAAGACAAGGCUGCAGAGACUGCAGACACCAUCACUAAAGAGGCCAAGAAAGCAACAGUGAACUUGCUGGGUGAAGAAAAGAAGAGCACUUAAACUGGAUGAGUUUCCCUACCACCUCCUUUGUGCAGCUUGGUGUUACUGGGGACUGUGGUAUAAGUUGAAUAAUAUUGGCUUGGAAACAUUUUGAUAUAUUAAAGGAAUGUGCUGUAAGUGUACUUACUACUUUGCUGUGACUGAUAGAGAGUAUGCAUUUUUGUUUAAAAGCAAUGCAGUGGGCAGCAUCUGAAGCUUAAUGAAAAUAUUUUAUUCAUCUUCAUGCAGAAGUCUUUCAGUAAUCUCUUUCUGCAGUAACAUAAAUAAAAAAGUAUAUAUCCCUCA